CGCUGGAGCUCUGGCCCGAGCUCUUGAAUGCUCGGAGGCAGGUUGCGGAGGUCGGGGUGUGCGAGACCCUCACUUGCCCCUCCGGGUUGAACGCUCGGAGCGGCGGAGCCGAGCAGCUGAGGGUUCUCGUGAGGGGUGGGUGGUAGACCGGACUGGACAGCCGCGGAGCCGCGCGAGGGGCCGGCGCGGGCGGAGCCGGCUUUUCUGUCGGCUGACGCAGGCCGCCGCGCCGCGCCUUUAAGGCGUCCUGCAGAGCCCGGCGCCGGGAACUGAGCGGCGCGGGCACGAGCGCUGCUGCCGGACGCGAGCGGGACUGGGGGCCGAGGACCGGCGUCCGGAUCCCGCGGCGCGACCCUUGCGCCUGAGAAUCUCAUUUUCGCUUCUGCCAGAGCCAGUAGCAGUUGGGGAAAGAAGGCCGUGUUCUUUGAAGACCCUGCAGGUGUCCGUCAGUCCUGAAGAGCAGGAUGGACCUUGACGUGGUUAACAUGUUUGUGAUAGCAGGCGGGACGCUGGCCAUCCCAAUCCUGGCAUUUGUAGCCUCGUUUCUCCUGUGGCCUUCAGCGCUGAUAAAAAUCUAUUACUGGUACUGGCGGAGAACGCUGGGGAUGCAGGUCCGCUACGUUUACCAUGAAGACUACCAGUUCUGUUACUCCUUCCGGGGCAGGCCUGGGCACAAACCAUCCAUCCUCAUGCUCCAUGGGUUCUCUGCACACAAGGAUAUGUGGCUUAGCGUGGUCAAGUUCCUUCCAAAGAACCUGCACUUGGUCUGCGUGGACAUGCCAGGACAUGAGGGCACCACCCGAUCCUCCCUGGAUGAUCUGUCCAUAGAUGGACAAGUAAAGAGGAUACACCAGUUUGUAGAAUGCCUCAAGCUGAACAAAAAACCUUUCCACCUGAUAGGCACCUCCAUGGGUGGCCACGUGGCUGGAGUCUAUGCUGCUUACUACCCAUCAGAUGUCUGCAGCCUUUCUCUUGUGUGCCCUGCUGGCCUGCAGUACUCAACUGAUAAUCAAUUUGUACAGCGGCUCAAAGAACUGCAGGACUCGGCCGCCAUGGAGAAGAUCCCCUUGAUCCCAUCCACUCCAGAAGAGAUGAGUGAAAUGCUCCAGCUCUGCUCCUACGUCCGCUUCAAGGUGCCCCAGCAGAUCCUGCAAGGCCUUGUUGACGUCCGUAUUCCUCAUAACAACUUCUACCGAAAGCUGUUUUUGGAAAUCGUCAGUGAGAAGUCGAGAUACUCCCUCCAUCAGAACAUGGACAAGAUCAAGGUCCCAACGCAGAUCAUUUGGGGGAAACAAGACCAGGUGCUCGACGUGUCUGGGGCCGACAUGUUGGCCAAGUCGAUCGCCAACUGCCAGGUAGAACUUCUGGAAAACUGUGGGCACUCAGUGGUGAUGGAGAGACCCAGGAAGACGGCCAAGCUCAUUGUCGACUUCUUAGCUUCCGUGCACAGCACAGGCAACAACAAGAAGCUGGACUGAGUCCCUGCCCGCAGCCUGCACUCGCACACAGCGUCCGCCCCCAUCUCCAGAAUCGGACGCGGCAUUUCUCAGGGAUCCUGCCCCAAACGCGGUCGGAGCGCCAGCGUCCCUGAGGAGGCCAGUCCCCUGUCCCUGGUCUCAACGGAUCCACAGAGCUUUGGGGGCCACAGGGAAAUCUCCAAGAUAUUUUUCACAAUAUAGAAACUCCCCUGGGACAGAAUUAAGAAAACCUAGCCAUGAAAUCUACCCAGAAGUCUUCAAGUUCAUGUUGCAAAGCGACUGCCUUGGGACCAUAAUCACUGAGACCAUCCUCUGUAAAACAACCUUCACAGACUGAGACUCGAGGAUUUCCUGCUGCUUCGACGUUCUCCCCUGCAUGGUCAGUGGCUGUUUUAGGAGCGUUAGUCUCCCAUCUGCUGAGCCCUUCUUGUUCAUGUCUGGUUUAAGUUCUAUGUAGAGGCCCCUAUGUGAGUGCAAGUCCAUCAGCUGUGAGACCAGGGAGCAAGAUGCAAGCUAUCCGUGAUACUAGCAUGUGAGGAGGGGUGCGGUCCCACGCCUGCCAGCCCUCCCAGCUGCCAGAGCAGUGGAGAACACAGGUCGAGGGGUGGAUGGGCGCCUGCGUGUCAGCCCUGUCAUGAGGGAGCCCGGAAC